AUGUUCGUCCCUGUGAGAUGGCUGAUGGCAGCCACUGCGGCCGUGGCCAUCAGCGACAGCCCACAAACGUUUCAGUGCACCAGUGUUGCGAGCCCUUGCGAUUGUGCCGACGGCUUCAAGUGCUGCAACACAUCCACCUCGAAAGGCGUCAAAAAUCGCGAGGAUGCCGAGCACUGCUGCUGCCCCGCGUCCGACGAACUGCUCUUUGGCUCGGCGGCCGCGGUGUGCGUGGAGGCAAAGAAAUGCCAGUACACCUGCUGCGAAGCCGGCAUGAAGCUCUGUGGGAGCGAUUGCUGUGAUGCCUCUGCCAAGUGUGGGGAAGGAAAGUGUGGUGCCAGCACCACGACGACGCCAUCCUCAGGCUGUUCGCAAAGAUCCUGGUGGGAAAUCGUGCCUGGGGAGAAAGUCUGGUCGUUCCUCCUCGAGUUUCUGGCGGUCCCAGCUGCUUUCUGUGGCGCGGGCGCUGUCUGCAGCAGCUACUUCCUGCGAAGACGAACCCGGCUCGCUCUGACGACGCCCAGGUGA